AUUCACCUCCUUUAGGCGGGAAGGAGGGAAGGUUUUACCCGUCCUUUUCCCCUGACGGUCGUGCCUGGCAUGGCUGAGAUUUUGGAGUUCCGCGUCCCCCCGGGGAAUGGCCGGAGUCUUCUCGUCUUGGGGCUGGAGUCGGAUGCGUCGGAGCAUGCUCUGCAUCUUACCUUCUCUGCCUUUGGACUGCUCCAUUCAAUAAGACUCCACAGAAACGCUCCAGUAGCUGGGCCUGGCUAUCAUGCCUUUGUUAAGUUCUACUCUGCCCGGGAUGCCAGCAAGGCACAACAGGCUUGCAAUGGGAGGUCACUGUUUCAGAAAACUGCUGUGAAGGUUUGCAUUUGUACCAGACAGAGGGCUCUUGCAAAGCAAACAUUACCUUUGAACAGUUACAAAUGCCAAGAAUUAGCCAAUUACUACCUUGGUUUCAAUGGUUGGUCCAGUCGCAUCGUCACUAUGCAGAAUAUAUCUGGCUUUGAGGAUGAUGAGAAAGAAGGAGGAGGAACUUUGCCCAGGCAACAUAAUUCAAAGUAUCUUUGCGUGCAAGAAUUAAGCAUCCCAAGAUAUGGGAUUUAUACCAGAGGGAUUGGUGUGGUUGAACUUCAUGUGAACCCCAAUCAAGAGUUUCUCACAGCCUUCCGUAAUGCUCAGAAGUUUGCAGUGCAGCAGGCCCUCUCGGAUGCAUUUCGGAAAAUACUCUUCAUAAUCCUAGAAAAUGGGAAGUUGGCGGUGGAGUACAGCUGUCCUGAGAAAGACCCCAUUGACUGUUUAUCAGAAGAGGAACUCAGGGGUCACAUUCAGAUUACUGAAUUGUCAUUUUCACAGCUGGACCCUCUAGGAGAAGAAAGAGAUCUUGUGCAAUUUUAACAUGGAUGGAGAAUAGCAGAUUAUUGACACAGAUUCUGUUUUCUUCUUGCUGAUCUGGAAGAGUAUCCUGUUCUCUGCUAAGCACAUUAUCCAUCAUCCUGGAACUCAGUUCUUGUUUUUACAGCACUUGGGUGAUGAAACUACCAAAUUCAAGCUACCAAUCAGAAGAUAGUACUCUUCCAAGGAAAGAUUAAUUGCCUAUUUAUAAUGAGUGAUGAUUGGAAAGGCAGUAGUAUUGUUGGGUUUUAUAUUUUUCUAAUAAAUG